GUUCAUGGCGUAUAGUUUCUCCGCAGCUUUGAUUCACUGGAUUGAUAGGGAAAUGCCUGAAAAUGUUUGCUGCUGUACAGUUAUUGAAAUUGUAGAUUUUGCGUCAUUGUUUUUCACCUUGGUCAAGGUCAAGGCCAGGGACUGUUACGAAUUGAGUGUAUCACGUUAGCAGACGUAGUUUUGGUUGCUCUCACAUCGCACGCUCCAUCGCUACUAACAAGACGCAACCCACCAAAGGGAUGACGUACUUAUGUUCUUCCUGUAAGGCUGAUGUGCCCAUCUCAGAAAGAAUCAACCAUGUCAGGAGCGAUUGGCAUAUAUACAACCUAAAACGUGUCGUUUCUGAUCUACUACCGAUAUCUGAAGAUAUGUUUGUACAUAAAAAACAAUUGAUUGCUGCAGAAGCACCUGUGGCUAUAGAGAAAACGUAUUGUAACGCCUGCAAAAAAUCCUUCGCAAAUAACAAAUCUUUUACUGCCCAUCUGAUUUCGAAGCGCCAUAUACAUAACAGCCACUUGUUCAAGACGAAAACUGCUCAAACAGUCAUCAGUUCUACUAAACCUGCAGGAGAAAUCUGUUUGACAGAACCAUUACCGCUGGGGUCAUGUUUGUUCUGUGACCGCUACAUAUCACUGGAUUAUUUGCCGAAUGAGUCACUUGAUAGUGUCAAACAAAGCGACUUGGCCAAACGUGUCCUAAGUCACAUGUUUGAUGCGCACAAAUUUAGUGUUCCAUUUCCAGAAAGAUUAACCGAUCCUGCCGGGUUGUUAAUUGAAUUAGGACGUAUCGUGGGGGAAGAACGAUGUUGCUUGGCAUGUGGUCGUCAGUUUUACGGUAGCUGUGUGGAAGGAUCAGACAAUGCUCGGAUCUCCCUAUCUGCUGUCCGCAGUCAUAUGUUGGACAAACCUGGCCACAAACAAGUAUGGUUUGGAGUAGAAGACCCCGUCCAAGUAGCAUUACUGGUAGCUGAAGCAGAAGAAGAGUCAAAUGACGAUUGCGAGAUAAAUUACCCUAAAGCUGCUCUUGCAGGUGGUGAGCUGUUUAGUCAGUUUUACGACCAGUCAGUCGUUGUACCAUCUUUCAUACUUUCAGAUGAUGAAGAAGUUUAUGAAGUACGGUUACCAUCUGGUACUGUUCUAGGCCAUCGGAAGAUGAGAACAAUUUAUAAGCAACACUUGGCUGCUACAGACAAAGCUAAAUUAUCGAACCGUGAUAAUGGACAGAAGAGCGUUUGUAUACGACGUCCAGACUUCAAAGCCUUAAUGCAGUAUAGGUCUAACGCUGACUCGGAGAGAUAUUUAAACGAACAAAAAAAGUACUGGGACUUAGUAACUGGUGUUCAAGGUAAUUUCCACAAUCGCCUUCAUCUUCGUCGACAGUACUAGAUAUUUGAGGAUUUAAUAUAAUUUUAAAAAAUCCAUUUGUAUAAUGUAAUAUGGUUUCAUUCUUUUUUAUUGGUUUAUGGUCUUGUAUAUAGUCACUUAGUAUAGAAUCACUAAUAAAGUAAUUGUGAUCGACUUAGCUGCUGAGUCUAAACAGCCACUGGGUCGUGCAAUCGGGCGGGUUUUGUAUCAAUUGUUUGAAUCUCCCCAUUAGUGUUUAGAACGAGGAAUUCCAAGUUCUUUAUUAAGGAUAAUCUCAUUUAAUUAACAAAAAUUUGGCAAUUUCAAAAUCCGACAUUAUCGUUUUAACUAUUGUAUAGCUGAUUUAUUCGAAUAUAACGAUUGUAAUAAUUAGCAAAUAAGCAGAUUUUUGCUAACUAUUCAUGUAACUUUAUUGUAAGGUUCGCAGCAAGAAAUGGUAGUUAAUGUUCCAUCAAAAUUCCCAUUUGAAAACUAGACUUAGCAUCGGAAAAGUACAAAAUGUUGCUUAUGGUUAGUGAGAGUAAUCGUCUUAUUUAUGUUGUAUACAUCAAUCGGGAUAACUCGUCUGCACAACAAUGCCACUCAUCACUUGCAAUGUGUAGGUGACGUUUGCUGUAGUCUAUUGAACUUGUCUGCAAACAACCUAAAUGCAUGCUAUGUAGAACAGAUUUGCCUGCGAUAGGUCAAAAGUACAUUACCACUACAUGGGUAUCGAUAUCGAAUUUCGACGAUAUGAGUUGAGUGUAACAUGAAGCUCAGGCUGAUCCUUUCGAUUGUUUCUCUUCUGAGUUGGAUCGUUUAAUUGCGAAGCAUUUAUUAGCAUCAAUAUUGGUCGACAGUAUUGAAAAGAACGACAGUGGAAGCUUCGCAAUUAAACCAUAGUCUCUACAGUGUAAACAAGAUUAACCUUCCCAAACAUCUGAUCUUCAGUUCAUGUACUAUACUUUUAAACGACUUAAUUGCCACUGUUUAAAAAAAAUAAACAAUAAGGCUUUGAGAACCUUUUAGCUAAUAUAUAAGAACUCUCGUCUA